ACAGAAAAAGGAUCAAAACUAAAGCAAACACAAGCUGUUGUUCGGCCCCAGCGCAUGGUGAUGUGAAGCUGCUGGGCGUUAAAUUCAGUGAAAUCGAGAAGAGGUCGUCAGGCCUCCGGUCAUGCCUCGCUCUGUCGCCGGUAUCCCUCCGCUGCCCCGGCUCACCGUGUGUGAUCCGGCGCCGGUGGCUCUGCUCUCCCCUACAGUCAAUUUCAACUUCAGAAAAUGUCCCAUUUUUUCAUAUCGCCCCUCUCUCUCUGUGUGUGUGUGUCUCCCUGCGCAGUUCAUAUAGGCUACCCGAGCAGAGAAUAAACAGGAAGAGAAACAAGGAAACGGUAAGCGGUGCAGCAGCACACGGAAGCGGGAGUGACUGACAAUCAGAGCGAAUAAAAACCUACGCAGUUGACAGGUUGGAAACACUUCGGCACACUCAGACGGCACGACUUUAUUCGGAGUUGGAGUUUAGUUUCUACAUCAUGAACAGUGUUGUUGUUGUGCUGAGUCUCCUGCUGUCUCGGGCUGCUGCAGCGUCCCAGCCGCCCCUGUCCUGCAGCGGGACGCCUCAUCCGUCCGGGUCAGCCUCCUACCGGCUCUCCUCACCGCCGCCACACCGCGACUGCGAGACCAGCUGGGAGGACCACAACGAAAUUGUCCUGGCCAGAGACUCUGAGUUUAACCAGACACUAGUCUCUAGCCUGACCAUGCAGUCAAUCACCAUGAAGACCUGCUGGGACGUCCUGACCUACAGAGAGGACUGUCCUUCACUGGGGACCAGCCAGAAAAUCAGGUGCACAGCAAACUGCAGCUUUCCGCCGGAGCGGAGCCUGACCGAGGAGCUGAUCUGUCUUCCUGGCCUCCUGUGUCUCCGGCAGUGGACGUUUGGUCUGGGGGUCGCCUCGGCCGUCCUGGUCCUGGUCCUGGUCCUGGCUCUCGGCUUCUGCCUCGGCAAAUGCAGAGCAGCGAGGCGAGUGGAGCGCAGCAGCGUGGCGUAUUCUGCAGGGGAGAAGCACGCUGAGCUGGACGGAGGACAGGCAGUGACGUGGCUCGUCUUCUCGGAGCUCACGCAGGUUUAUCCCAUAUGGUGCUGGUCUUCCGGCUGUGGAAGCAGGAGGAUUCAUCUAGAACACAAAGUGAGAUAUUAAACAUUACAGGCUAUUUAUUGUCAUUAUUAUAUGUAAAUAUAUGUAAGUUAAAGGUGGACUCUGAAAGGGGAGGGAACCCCAGCUUGUUCUGAGGUGGUAGAGAACGAUGAACGCCACUCAGUUCUCCAAAGAGCAGAACUCAGAAGUGUUAAGCCAUCAUAACCCAAAACAUAAGAGCAUUUUACUCCGUCGUUUAUGUUUUUGUGUUCAUUUGGCUCCAGAGUGUCAGAUUGAAGACAGGAAUUUCAAAGUGUCACAUUGGUUCUCUGGGUUAUUGGUCUUGGCAUGAACCUGAGGGGUUUUGUCCUUCUUCAGCCUCAUCUUUAACUUUACUAGACAAAUAUAUACAUCUAUCUGUAAAUAUAUAUUCUCAUUUCCUAUUGUCACUUUGCUCUCAUUUUAUACCUUUCUUGUUGUGAAUCACUGUGCAAACCUUGCUGUAAAAGGGGCUGUAAUUCUUUUUAUAAUAACGAUACUAGUUAUUCAUAUCUUCUAUUUUUCUAAUUCUAACAAUAAUAACAUAAAUAAAUAAUUUUUAAGGAGAGUUUGACAUGAGGGAUCUAACACAUGAUGAUUGUUGGAGGGUGUUUGUUGCAU